AUUGAAAGAGAAAGUGAAAAUCGCGAGAUUUCGAAAUCGCAGAGAGAUUAGUGGUGGCUGAAACCCUAGAGAGAGAAAUCAAUAUCGGAAAACUUAUUUGGGAAUGCAGAGAGAUGGUAGUACCUUCGCUUUCAAAGGCUGAAAUCGGUGGUAGAGCUAAGAAGAUUGGCGGUGGCCGGAAUUGUCACCGGAAACAUGUUGAAGACGGGUGAACUAUUCGCCUCUAAUCGCCGCUCCGAUCUCAUACUUAUCGUCUCUAUCUAGAGACACAAUCUAUCUAUCUAUAUAUCUAUAAUUUUACUUUCGUCUGUAAAUUUCUUUACAAAUCGGAUUCAAGCUUUGUAGAUCCGAUAAAAAUGGUGGAAAAAAUCGAUCAGUGUAACGUUUUGAAAGGAAAGUACGAGCUCGGACGGCAGUUAGGUCAUGGAACCUUCGCAAAAGUGUACCACGCGAGGAAUCUACAGAACGGGAAGAGCGUAGCAAUGAAGGUCGUCGGGAAGGAGAAGAUAAUCAAAGUAGGGAUGAUGGAUCAGGUAAAACGAGAGAUCUCUGUUAUGAAAAUGGUUGAGCAUCCAAAUAUAGUCGAAUUACAUGAAGUUAUGGCGAGCAAAACGAAGAUAUAUUUCGCGAUGGAGCUCGUUCGCGGCGGUGAGCUUUUCUCAAAGAUAUCAAAAGGUCGUCUUCGUGAAGAAUCGGCUAGACAUUACUUUCAACAGCUCAUCUCCGCCGUUGAUUUCUGCCAUAGCCGUGGCGUUUAUCAUCGUGAUUUAAAACCUGAAAAUCUACUUCUUGAUGAUGAAGGUAAUCUUAAGGUAACUGAUUUCGGUUUAAGCGCUUUUGCUGAACAUCUCCGGCAAGACGGUUUACUUCAUACGACGUGUGGAACUCCGGCGUAUGUUGCGCCGGAGGUGAUCGGAAAGAAAGGAUAUGAUGGAGCUAAGGCGGAUAUAUGGUCAUGCGGUGUUAUCUUGUUUGUUCUUCUUGCUGGAUAUCUACCGUUUCAAGAUGAUAACGUGAUGGCUAUGUAUAGGAAAAUCUGUAAAGGAGAUUUCAAAUGCCCACCUUGGUUCUCAUCUGAAUCCAGGAGAUUGAUAACGAAAUUGCUUGAUCCAAAUCCCAAUUCGAGGAUUUCGAUAGCGAAAAUCAUGGAUUCUGUAUGGUUCAAGAAGAGUGUUCCAAGAGUAAUGAAGGAGAAGAAUGAUGAAUUAUGUAAAGAAGGGUAUGAGGAGAUGAAUGCGUUUCAUAUAAUAUCUUUAUCUGAAGGAUUUGAUUUGUCUCCUCUGUUUGAGGAGAAAAGGCGAGAUAAGGAAGAACUUAGAUUUGCAACAACGAUGUCGGCUAGCAGCUUGAUAUCGUUGUUGGAGGAGGUUGCGGAGAAGGCUGGGAAGUUUGAUGUGGUGAAGAAGGGUGGAGGUGAAGAGAACACGACUAGUGUGAGGCUGCAGGGACAAGUGAAUGGUCGGAGAGGAAAGCUUGGAAUUGCGGCUGAUAUAUUUGCGUUUACACCUUCGUUUCUGGUUGUGGAGGUGAAGAAAUCGGGUGGUGAUAGCUUAGAGUAUAAUGAGUUCUGUAAUAUGCAACUCAGGCCGGCUUUGAAAGAUAUAGUCUGGAGCUGUUGCUGCCCGGAGGUUGAGAAUUCAGGUCAGUAGAAUUGUAAUUUGUUGUUUUGUGUGUUUAGAUCUGAGAUUAAGAAGAUGAAAAGAUUGUGUUCUUUGUUUAGUUUAUUUUGGUGUUCAUCUAUUUCUGUUCUUGUUUGUUUGUUUGUUCUUGUGUGUUUUUGUUGUUGUCUUGUUGUUCAUAUUGUCAUCUUUAUAAUAAUUUUAGGGUUGGAAGAGAUUGUUGUCUUAGAUCUUGGAUCAAUAAUGAAGAUUAUUUUUCAAUGGUUUA